AGAGAACCCAAGAGGGGAUGAGCCCGAACUGGGGAUGUGACAGAGCGCGAGAGCCAGCCUAGAAAGGCCCCGGAGCCCGUGUGGGAGGCCGCUGCCGUCGCGCGGCUGGGUUGACGGCGUUGCAUGCUCUCGCGGGGACGCUCUGGCUUUCCAAACGCUGGCACCGAGGGUUGUAGUUCUGAUUUGCUUUCUUCCCUCUGUCCCCCAAGCCGCAGUUUUCAGAACUACGUGGGGGAGGGAAUAGCUUUUUGUUGAACGGUGCAAGACGCUGACCUGUGCAACGGGACCACGCCUGGUUCCUGUGUCUCUUACCAAACUGUGACCCCGGAGCACAGGACUGGGUUUGGUGGUCGUGAGCAGUUUGUGAACCUUGAAUGAAGACACCAGGCCUGGUCCUGUAUAUCCCUCGCCAGACUGACCAGGGAGAGCUGGGAUCAGGUGUUUCUGUUCCUUUUUUUUUUUUUUUUUUUUUUUAAACUCCUUCCCUAUCCACACGCAGCCAUCAGCCCACAAAGACAUGACUACCAAUGCGGGCCCGUUGCACCCAUACUGGCCUCAGCACCUAAGACUGGACAACUUUGUACCUAAUGACCGCCCCACCUGGCAUAUACUGGCUGGCCUCUUCUCUGUCACAGGGGUCUUAGUCGUGACCACAUGGCUGUUGUCAGGUCGUGCUGCGGUUGUCCCACUGGGGACUUGGCGGCGACUGUCCCUGUGCUGGUUUGUAGUGUGUGGGUUCAUUCAUCUGGUGAUCGAGGGCUGGUUCAUUCUCUACUACGAGGACCUGCUUGGAGACCAAGCCUUCUUAUCUCAACUCUGGAAAGAGUAUGCCAAGGGAGACAGCCGAUACAUCCUGGGUGACAACUUCACAGUGUGCAUGGAAACCAUCACAGCUUGCUUGUGGGGACCACUCAGCCUGUGGGUGGUGAUCGCCUUUCUCCGCCAGCAUCCUCUCCGCUUCGUUCUACAGCUUGUGGUCUCUGUGGGCCAGAUCUAUGGAGAUGUGCUCUACUUCCUGACGGAGCACCGUGACGGAUUCCAGCACGGGGAGCUGGGCCACCCUCUCUACUUCUGGUUUUACUUUGUCUUCAUGAAUGCCCUGUGGCUGGUGCUGCCUGGAGUCCUUGUGCUUGAUGCUGUGAGGCACCUCACUCAUGCCCAGAGCAUGCUGGAUGCCAAGGCCACAAAAGCCAAGAGCAAGAAGAACUGAGGAGUGGUGGACUGGGCUCGAACACUGGCCGAGGAGGAGCUCUCUGCCUGCCAGAAGAGUCUAGUCCUGCUCCCACAGUUUGGAGGGACAAAGUUAAUUGAUCUUUCACACUCAGGCUCAUGGGUGGGCACAAGAAGGGGAAUAAAGGGGCUGUUUGAAGGCACUGCUGGGAGCCAUUAGGACACAGAUACAAGAGAAGCCAAGUCUAUGAUGGUGACAAUUUUUAAAAUCAGGAAAUAAAAGAUCUUGACUCU